GGCUGUCAUGCAACACACAAUCGUACAAUCAAUAUUGGAACGGUUUGCGCUCCAAUCAAACAUUCGUCAUUACCAUCUUCUCAAUCUUCUCAAUAUAUUGUAAAGCAAUAGUUUAAUGCUUCGCAUCAUUCGUCCCGCUGUCUCACGGCGCUAUCUAUCAACAGUCAUGGCAUCCAAUACUCCAUAUGAAGAUAUCAUCCGCACUCGACUGACAGAAGAGUUAAAACCUACCCGUCUUGAGAUAUUCAAUGAUUCAUCCAAACACUCACAUCACCAAGCUAUGGCUGGUUCCACGUCUCACGAAACCCAUUUUCGAGUCGAGAUCGUAUCGGAAGCGUUUACCAAGAAGAUGCAACCUGCAAGACAUAGAAUGGUCUAUGCUUUACUGAAAGAGGAGAUGGCGAAAGAAGGUGGCAUUCAUGCUUUACAGUUGAAGACGAGGACACCCGAGGAAGAGGAACGGCAAAAGGCAAAGGAGGAAGGAGAGGACAAAUGAGAGGUUGCUGCUGAGGCAAGUGGACCUUAGUAGAGGGAUUUGAUGUUCUAUAUGGUGAUCGAGAUACUUCUUUUGAGAAUCAAUACAGAGUGGCAGAUUGAGCUGUCGGAGGAAACACCUGUGAAGCUGUGUGCUUAUGCUAUUGCUUGGUUGUGGAGUUAAGGCAGAUUUAAAUACACGGAGCGAAUGCAUGGAGCGAAAGAUUAAGCAUACACGUUACCUAGAACAUUUUAGUCGGCUUGUCGAUGCCCAUAUUCCCGCUUUGGUCA